GUAGAGAAAAGGUUCUGUUUGAACGGGCGGCUCUCUCUACUGCUCUCCCUUCUCCCGCAGCCAUUCCUCUCCGUUCAAGCUUCGCAGAUGACGGAUGGUGGGAAACCCGACAAUCCAUCCCGGAAGCGGAGGAGGAAGAGACACAAGCCACAAAGCCGCUCGGAAUCCGCUAACUCACCGCCUCCGCAGCUCCCGCUGCCACAUCCGAAGCGGAGAAAGAUCGAGGGUCCCUCCACCUCCAAGAACCAGCUCGGCUUCCUGCAGAAGAUGCGAAUGAGGUUAUCUGGAGGCCAUUUCAGAAUGCUAAAUGAGAAAUUAUACACUUGCAGUGGUAGUGAGGCCUUCAAUUUGUUUAAGAAUGAACCAGAGCUAUUUGAUGUGGUAUUUUUUUUUUGUUCCAUCGGAUACCAAGAGCAAAUGGUGCAUUGGCCAGAGCAGCCAGUCAAUACAAUUGCUAAAUGGCUAAGGAAUCAGAGUUCUUUAAAAGUUGCUGAUUUUGGUUGUGGGAAUGCAACACUUGCGAAAAGUGUGAAGAAUAAAGUCUUCUCCAUUGACCUUGUUUCCAAUGACCCAUCAGUAAUUGCUUGUGACAUGGCUCAUACACCAUUGGACUCAUCCUCUGUAGAUGUUGCGGUUUUCUGUUUGUCAUUGAUGGGAACCAACUAUUCAAACUAUUUGCAGGAAGCUAAAAGAGUUUUGAAACCCAGCGGUUGGCUUUUGAUAGCUGAAGUGCGAAGCAGGUUUGAUCCCAACACUGGAGGAGCUGAUCCAGAGAAGUUUUUUGAAGCUGUCAGCCAGCUUGGGUUUUCUUUAGUUUCAAAGGAUUUUUCUAACAAGAUGUUUGUACUGUUCUACUUCAAGAAAGCAAAAAAAGAUUCCCAAGUCGAGAGCAUCAAAUGGCCAGAGUUGAAACCUUGCAUAUAUAAAAGGCGAUGAGCUUCCUUCCCCUCCUAUGAACCUCGUAAUAUUAUGGAUGCUGAUAAUGUGUAUGCUUCUUCCAGUACAUGGGAUGGUAAACUCUUGCUCUAUGUUUGUUGUCUCACAGUAAAAAAAAUCACAGCAGGCUGGUAACCUUUUAUCGCAAAAAAUAAACAUGUUUUGGACACGAAAAAAAUGUGAAAGAUGGGGGUCUUAAUCAGGAUCCAUGAUUAAAGUAAGAAGCCGAAGAUAGUGUCAUUGUCGCUCAA